AUGAAGCGUGCGUGCGUGUAUCAGCAGCAGCAGCAGCAGCAGCAGCAGCAGCAACAACAGCACGCCUCGAAUAUUAUAAUGAGUUCUUCGGGUGGUGCAAUUGAUAACUUGCCCCCUCAUUUGCUCAGAAAGUUGGAACAGCUUAAGGCUGACUAUCAAGAAGGCUUGAUCACUGACAAAGGAUAUGCCAAAAAGUAUGGUGAGAUCAUCAACCAGCAGCAGCCUGACAGGUUAUUGUCCACGCCCACCACCAAUAGACUCAGCACGUUGCUGCCAGCGUCCUCUCCAAGAAACACUUUGAUGCCAACAAGAAGUAACACUACCUUAAGCACCAAUGUCAACGCCAGUGUGGUUAGUGGCGGUGGAACAAGCUUUUCCUCGUCCAGUAGCAACAGAUAUCAUCACACCAACGCUGUCAGUUUCGGUGAGUCUGCUAAUGGUUUUAAUAACUUGAACAGCCAGAAUAAGUACAAUUAUGAAUCCCCUAUAACCUAUGGCAAGCCAAGUUAUGGAAAUGAUGCACACAUUGAUUAUGGUGACACUGCUCCAUAUCCAGGUGGCAAUCCCUCUCAACCAGUAUAUUCCGAACAAGGCUUACCAUCAUUACAAGUCCUCGAACCAUCAGAAAUGGUUUCUCCUCCGCAAAUUCAGAGAAAAUUACAACUGCCAUUAACCCCUAGAGACUUAUCUAGCAUCAACACCGUUGAGAAAUUCGAUAGUUUGCCCUUGCUUUUAAGACAGCGUUCUAGAGCUUAUGCCAAAGAUAUUGCAAUCAUUACAGUUUCUUUGAAAGGAAAAGAAACCCGUUCUAUCAGUUGGGAUAAAUUAUAUUUGAAGGCUGAGAAAAUCGCCCAGCAAAUUACCAAGAAAUCGGGAUUAUAUAAAGGCGACAGAGUCACCUUAAUCUAUCAAGAUUUCGAGGUUGUGGAAUUUGCCAUUGCGUUUUUUGGGUGCUUACUAGCGGGGGUGGUGGCAAUUCCAAUUUCCAAUGAAUUAACUAUUAAAGAUAUUAUCCAGGUGAUGGAAAAAACCCAAUCUCAUUUAUGUUUGACCUCCGAUUCGGUGUACAAAAAUUUUGAGAAAAUGAAUAAUGAUAGUGCCACAAAAAUCGACUGGCCAAAAGGAGUGGUUUUCUGGAAAACUGAGGAUAUGGGUACUUACCAACUAUCAAAAAAGCACGAUCCACCGGCUCUCAACUUACCUGACUUGGCAUACAUUGAGUUUUCCAAAUAUCCAAUUGAAUUGAAAGGGGUGGUAUUAUCACAUAAGACAAUUAUGCACCAAAUGAACAAUUUGACAAGAAUUAUCUCGUCACUGCCCAAUUUUGGAACCUCGAUCUUCCGGCCAGAAAAUGUUUACAGAGUUAGGAGGGAUUCGAUUCUUUGUAGUUCGGAUAUCCGUUGCUCCAGUGGUUUAGUCAUGGGUCUAUUAUUCACCAUUUAUACCGGUACCAUGUUGGUCUGGACCCCAACAGCACAGAUGGAUGUUCCUGGUUUGUAUGCUAACUUGAUCACCAAGUACAGAACCACCAUCUUGUUAUCAGAUCUAUUAGGAUUGAAAUCAGUGGCGUUCAAUUAUCAAGCCGAUCCUGCUUCCACCAGAAAAUUUGACAAAAAAAGAAAUGUUGACCUUUCGUGUGUGAAAUGGUGUCUUGUCAAUUGCUUAACCGUGAAUAAUGAAGUUUUGGAAAUCGUUGCUGAUAGAUGGUUGAAGCCAUUAGGAUGUGAACAUGCAAGAGAAGCCAUUGCUCCAGCAUUAUCAUUGAGUGAGUACGGUGGGAUGGUGGUGUCAAUCAGAGACUGGCUUGGAAAAGAAGAAAAUUUAUCUGCAAAUUUCACUGAUAAUGCUGUUGAUGAUGAUAAUGAGCCAUAUUCCAGCAGCGACUUAUCGGAAGUUUUAAUCGAUAAAGAAUCUCUCAGCACCAAUACCGUGAAGGUUAUGUCUGACCGACCACCAUCACAAUCGGCCAAUUUUGAUUCCAAAUUAUAUAAUAAGUACAUUAGAGUAGGGGCGUUUGGCUUCCCGCUUUUAGACGCCACGGUCGCGGUGGUGAAUCCAGAAACUUGUGUGCUUUCCGCAGAAAUGGAAGUCGGUGAAAUUUGGGUCGACAGCCCGUGUCUCUCUGGUGGCUAUUGGGAUGCUGACAAUGACACAAACAAUAUUUUCCAUGCCAGAUGUCAAGGUCAAGAUGGCUACCUUCAACCAGAAUUCUUAAGAACUGGUCUCUUGGGGUUCAUUUAUUAUGGCAAAGUUUACGUUUUAGGGCUUUAUGAGGAUAGAUUCCGCCAAAGGGUUACCUGGAUCGAUAAGAAAGAAAAGAAGCAAUUGCAAGGGAUCCAAGAAGAAAAUGAAGAUGGGGAUGAUGAUAAUGAUGAUGGUGAACCAAACGCUUCUUCACCAUUAGAAGUUUUUGAUAACGGUUACCGGUACUACUAUUCCGAUCAUAUUUCUAGCACGAUUUUCAAAAGAGUUUCUCAAGUCGAGUGUACUGCUUUUGAUAUUUUCAUCAAUGGGGAAUACGUUCCAAUAGUAAUCAUUGAGACUUCAUUAGCUGCAAAACGGAUUCCUUCUAACACCGUUGACUAUAAUGGAUUGGACGCCUUGGCUUCCGAAGUGUUUAGCGUUUUGGAAAAAGUACACAAGGUUCGUUUGUUUUGUUGUGGAUUCACCACCAUCAAAGGGUUGCCAAGAGCCAUCAAAAGUGGGAGAACCGAGAUUGCCAACAUGCUUUGUAAGACAAAGUUUCUUCAAGGAAAUUUGAAAGUUUCUUACUUCAAGUUCAACAUCAAAUCAUCUUUAAGUAACAUUCCAUGUGGUGUUGAUGUUCUUGGGGGCAUCUGGUCACCAUUUGCUUCGGCAUUGAGAAGAAAUUCGAUUCCUGAAAAUGUUGAUAGACAAUACACCGGGGUUGACAAUCGUGUGGAAUCCAUUGAUGAAAGGUCGCAUGCCAGAUUAUCUGAUUUCAAAACCAUUGUUGACGUUUUGAAAUGGCGAGUGAUGAACCAACCGGAUUCCUUAGCGUUUGCGGUUAUUAACGACCAAAAAAAGGAUGUUUCCUGGAAAAGAUUCGAUGAGAAGGUGGCGUGCCUCUGCCAAUAUAUUUUGGAUAAAACAUUCUUGAAGCCUGGCGAUUAUGUCAUAUUGAUGUACAAUUUGAGUGAUGAAUAUAUUUAUGCUUUAUACGCCUGUUUUAUGUUGGGUUUGGUUCCUAUUCCAAUGAUGCCGAUUGACAUGAAACGGGUGGAUGAAGAUACCGGUGCUUAUCACAAAAUCAUCAAGGACUUUGGUGUGCGGAUGGUGUUCACCAACAAUGAAAUCGAGUCUAUGGUGUUCAAGAAUAAGGCGGUCACCCAUGCGUUAAAGCUAUUGUUUGGCUCUAAGAAACCGAUAGUGGUGAAGAGCACCACGAAAGUCAAGCAUGUGAAAAACAUGUCGGAUCUAAGAUCGAGAAUUACCAGCAACCAAGCGAAAUUCGAUUUCCGAAGCGCCGAUACCACGGUGAUGGUGUGUUUGGAUUGGACCCCUGAUGGCAUCAGAACCGGGGUGAAGUUCACCCACAAAGUGCUCAUGGACCUUUGUAAGAUUUUGAAGGAAACUUUCAAGAUGAGCAGUUUCAAUUCUAUUCUUAGUAGCGUUCGUCAUGUCACCGGUAUUGGACUUGUUCAAUCUGCUUUACUCGGGGUAUAUCUCGGUUGUUCCACUUACUUGUUUUCCCCUUCUACUUACUAUUUCUCGCCAAUGACGUUUUUCAAUGCUUUGGCAAAUUACAAAAUCAAAGACACGUUUGUUACACCGGCAAUGUUGAACCACGCCAUGUCUAAGUCUAAAGCGUCCAAAACUUUCCAACUUGAUAAAUUGCAGAAUAUGAUGGUGGGUCAUGGUGGAAGGCCGGACAUUGGCCUCAUUGGCAGGGUCAAGAAUUAUAUGGAAGCAACGAAAUUGCAACGAUCAUCAAUCAACACCAUUUAUACCCAUAGAUUCAGUCCAAUCAUCACCGCAAGAUCGUAUCUUAAUCUCGAACCGGUGGACUUGUGGUUGGACACCAAUUCUCUUAGACGCGGGUGUGUCAAGGCGGUUGAUCCGCUGAGCGCUCCUAAUGCUCUCCAUCUUCAAGAUUCCGGGGUGGUAUUAUGCUGCACCCAAAUUGCUAUUGUUAACCCCGAAACUAAACAGGUUUGUAAAGCUGGGGAAUUCGGGGAGAUCUGGGUAUUUUCCGAAGGUAAUGCCGUAGGUUACACUAAUGGCAAAGGUAAAUCUGACAACAAUGGGUUUUUGGCAUCCCAAUUCCGGGGGAAAUUGGAAGAGUUUGAUUUCGAAUACUUGAGGACCGGGGACUUGGGUUUUAUUCAUACGGUUAACCAACCGUCUAUUGAUGGAACCCCAUUGGAUGUGCAAUUACUAUACGUGUUGGGUAACAUCUCGGAGACUUUUGAAGUCAUGGGACUUCAACAUUUUGCCUCCGAUAUCGAACAAACCGUCGAAAAUUCGCAUCCCGAGAUUUAUAACGACGCCAGUCUUGUGUUUAAGAGCCAGGAAUAUACCGUGGUGAUCUGUUGUGCUAAAAGAAAGGAUUUCUUAGCGUCAUUGGCGCCAACGAUCUUCAAGAGCGUGUUGAAUAACCAUCAACUCAUGGUGGAUAUCGUGGCGUUUUUACCGUUCAAUGAUUUUGAAUUCUCAAGGUUUUAUGAAAAAAAGAGAGCCACGAUGAUCAAUAAAUGGAAUAACAAUAAACUCAAGUUCCUAAAUGUCUACGGGGUCAAUUGUGGAGAAAACAGCGUGAUCAACACUGUCAGGGAAAUCGAAGGGGUAGAAGAAGUUUCGGUGUUAUCGGAUCUUAAUAAUAAUGAUGUGUUUUCCAUACCUUUAUCAGCGGUUUCUUCUAUUCCAUUAACAGCGGUUUCUUCAAAUGUUUCUGAAAAAAGUGGAGUUGAAAAAUAG